CUAACAGAGCUCUGCUGCUGAAUCAUGGAGUCACCAUCUGGGGAGAAAAGAAGGUCCCAUGUUAUCACUAUAGAUCCAGAUGAAGAUGUCUUGACUGCCUUUCCCUACAGACCUCAUAACUCUUUACUGGAUCUCCUGAAGGGCGAGCCAAAGGUUUUGGGGGCUAUCCAGAUUCUUCUUUCUCUGAUCAUUGUGGGCCUUGGGAUUAUAUUAGCAUUUAAUUUCUCUUUUUUCUCCAAAAAAUUUCCUCUUGUGAUCAUCACAGGAUAUCCAUUCUGGGGAGCAUUUAUUUUUUUUCUGACAGGAUUUGUCACAAUGUUCAAUGAUAAACCAAGACAAAUUCUGGUAAACAAAGGAAUCACGACCAUGAACAUCAUUAGCUCGGUGGUUGCGGCAGCUGGGACUGUCCUGAUCCUCAUCAGCUUUACACAGCAGAACAAAUUCUGUCAGGGACCCUCCCUUGAAGGAACAUGUAUUGUAGGCACAACACUUCUUCUCGGAAUUUUGUCAAUCUUACUAAUCAUCACCAUAGCAGAGUUUAGCAUCUCUGUGACUAUUGCAGCCUUAAGAAGCAGGUGCUGGACCAAUUCAAGAGAGGCUGUAUUUUUUUUUCCUUCAGAAAUUACUCAAAAUACUGAACAGUCUGUUCCAGAAGAAAAUCAUCAAUUACAAUUUGAGUUCGAAGGAACAUCUCCCAGUAAUAAUUCAGCUUCAAACAUAAAAACCAUUUUCUUGGGGGGUUAUGCUUUCUUCAAGCUCAGAGUCUCAAGAAAUCCUUCAGCUCCCCAAAAUAUCCCACAGAAAAGUGAUAAGGGUCCAUCUUCUACGCAUGUUCCAGAUGAACAGGAGACUAUUCCUCCACCUUCUCUAGAGGAAGAAAUUAAACUGAAUGGUUUACCUCCCCCAUUAAUACCAGAGUCUUCAGAAAAUAUUCCUUCUCAGAAAGAAUCUAGAAGCAAUAACCUGAAUGAUGAGGACUUAGAAUCUAUUACAGGUCAUGCCUCUGAUCCGCAACCCAAAUUGCUUAAAGACCAAAACUUGCCACUCAAAAUUCUGAAAACUCCAUCUUCACAUGAUUUACUCCCUUUGUUACAUGAUAGUUUAUCAUCCCAAACAUCAAUGGCAGGUCUGUCAACACAAGUCUUACAAUCUAAAGCCCCAUCAUCCUAUAUGUCACAGACUUAUGAUCUGACAUCUGAUGACUUGCCUUCUGAAGACAUACCAUCUCAAGAAACCCCAUCCCAAGACAUGCAAUACCAAGACACACUAACUCAAGAUGUAUCAUUCGAAGACAUGCAAUUGCAAGAUACACUAACUCAUGACUUACCAUACCAAGAUACUCUAUCCCAAAAGACUCCAUCCCAGGAAAGUCCAUACCAAGAUACUCUAUCCCAAAAGACUCCAUCCCAAGAAACUCCAUACCAAGAUACUCUAUCCGAAAAGACUCCAUCCCAGGAAACUCCAUACCAAGAUACUCUGUCCCAAAAGACUCCAUCCCAAGAAACUCCAUACCAAGAUACUCUAUCUCAAAAGACUCCAUCCCAGGAAACCCCAUACCAAGAUAGUCUAUCCCAAAAGACUCCAUCCCAGGAAACUCCAUACCAAGAUACUCUAUCCCAAAAGACUCCAUCCCGGGAAACUCCAUACCAAGAUACUCUAUCCCAAAAGACUCCAUCCCAGGAAACUCCAUACCAAGAUACUCUAUCCCAAAAGACUCCAUCCCAAGAAACUCCAUACCAAGAUACUCUAUCUCAAAAGACUCCGUCCCAAGAAACUCCAUACCAAAAUACUCUGUCCCCAAAGACUCCAUCCCAAGAAACUCCAUACCAAAAUACUCUGUCCCCAAAGACUCCAUCCCAAGAAACUCCAUACCAAGAUACUCUGUCUCAAAAGACUCCGUCCCAAGAAACUCCAUACCAAGAUACACUAACUCUAGAUAUGCCAUCCCAAGAGACUCAAUCUGCAGAGACUCCACCACAAGAGAUUCCCUCCAAAGAUACUCCAUCCCAAGAGAUACAAUUCCAAGAUGUAUUGUCUCAAGACAAAAUAUCCCAAAGCACACAAACCCAAGAUACAGCACCCAAUGACAUGUCAUUCUCAGAUCUUCAAGUACUAAACACUCAAGUUCAAAUCCAGCAUUGUCCAGAAAUAUUUUAUAGAGACAUUCGAACAGAAGUCAUGGAGCAAACUCAAGAGUGGAAAUCUAAUAUGAGCAAGAAACCCCCAAGAAGACUUUCCUUAUCCUUGCCAAGCAAACAUGGAAAAUUCCGUCCCAAGAGACAUUCCAUGGACCUUCAAAUCAAAGGUGACAAACCCCCAAGGAGACAUUCUGUAGAAUUACAAAGGAAAACUUCAAGACGGAAAUCCAUAGAUCAGCAAAUCAAAGACUGGAUAUCCCCAAAGAAGCACACCACAAAGAAACAAGAUGCAUAUACUCAAACCCCAGAGCAGUUCCUAUACCAGCAAGCUGACCAGCAGCAGGCCAAAGAGGAAGAGGUCCCAGUACAACAAUCCCAAGAUGAGCAAACCAAAGACCAAAAAUCUGUAGAGGAGCUAUACCCUGAAGAACAGAUCAAUGGCAAAGAGGAAGAAUAUCAGGAAUCUGAUAAGGAGCAACCUCCAGAACAAGAAGCUCAAGUUCUACCAGCUGAAGACCAGCAGCCCCAAGAGCAGACAGCCCCAGACAGCCAGUUCCCAAACUGGCAAGAAAGACAACAAAUGCUAGUAAAGAGAGCCCCAACACAGUUGUGUGAGAACUGGGACUCACAAAGCUUUCAAUUCACAGAAAUGUCAUGUUCAUACUGGUCAACUCCAUCCUGGCAGCCUGCUAGCCUGGGAUCCCAAGACUGGAGAAGUCAAGGCUGGAGAAACAAAGAUUGGAAAGCACAAGAAUGGCAGUUUGAAAUACAUCAUUCCCUAGACUGGGAAUCCCAAGAGCUAUUAGAAAGAGAAUCCUUAAGGCAGAGAGCACUAUACCAAGACAUCCAACCCCGUAGCACCAUAGUCCAACAUACCCAAGAUCAUCAAGUGCGUAACUUUAUAUUUCAAGUAGGUCUGUGUCAAGGCAAUGACCAACAAGAUUCUGAAUCUGUUGUUUUAAGAGGAGAUACGUAUGCAGAUGUACAAACAAGAGACAGAGAACACACAGACAUAGCAGAUACAUGUCAGAAACCAAAAGACCAGCAAUCAGAAGAUGGGAGGUCAGAUAAUUAUCCUCCUUGUCAGAGUUUGGUUCCAUACACAUAUACAACCUGUUUAUCCAAUAUAGCUUCAGAGCAAGAGGUGCAGAACAAUUCACCCUGUUCAGAUUCAUCCAAAGAUCUGAAUGCCACUUCUUCAUGGUUUCAGAGAGAUCAACAGCAAUCUGAAGAUUCAGAUUAACUUGUGCGUCUAACCAAAGACCACAGAUCCCAGAUAGUGGAGCCAGAUGAGGAUUAAGCAGUUGAUUCUUCCCUAACCUGUGUUCUCACCUGUGCUUGCUGCCUAAUCCACUCACCAGAGAUAAAGGGCAUGCAGAACCUACAAAGAACAGGGAUCUCUUUAAAACUAAAUGGCAACAAGUCGAAUGUUGAGACUAUAUCAGAACCUUCUGGGAGUGAAGAAAUAAAUCUCAUCUAAACUGUAAA